AUGGCCGACCAUGACUCCGACCCGCUCCUCCCGCGUGCCCACGGCAGCCGUCAGCUCCCGUCAUUUGGCACCAAGUUUGCACAGCAUCUCGACCGCUCCCGUCGGCUCGGAAGGCAGCUCCUCGGAAGUCGCAAGAAGCAUUUCAUAAUCAUGGCUGUCGUCGCCCUCGAUGUCGUGGCCUUGCUCGCAAACCUCUUCCUCCGGCUCAUCGCCUGCGAGAUGGACGGCGAGGACGAGCCCUGGGUGGAAGCCGUCACGGCCGGUCUCGAGGUCGCCGCGCUCGUCUUUAGCUCUCUCUUCAUGCUCGAGUUGGCGGCGUGCCUCUUCUCGUUUGGGCCCAGUUACCUCGCAACCCGGUUUCAUCUGUUCGACUCGGUCGUCAUCGUCACGAGCUUCGCCAUCGACCUUGGAUCUCAGGGCGUCGCCGAGUCCAUCGGCUCCUUCAUCGUCGUCCUCCGACUCUGGCGAUUGGCCAAGAUCUCCGAGGAAGUCGUCGUGGGCGCGACGGAAAGGAUGGAGAUGAUGGAGCAGCAAAUCGAGGAGCUCGAGGGCGAGAAUAGGCUCCUCAGGGCUCAGCUUGGUCGUGGCCUUGAUUCUCACGAUUACGCCGGACGCGAAUAA